AUGGUCAAAUAUGACUUACAAAUUGAAAUCGUAUCCGUUUUUUUACGCGAAAACACCGUACCGUGCGACGAUGCGGCGUUAUGCACUGUAACGCGCGGAGACAUCCCGCGAGAGAAACAACAUCGACUAUUAGUCAUUAUCAUAGUACGAGACUUGGAAGAGCCGACGAAGAAAACGAAAAACGUCGGGACACUCAACCGCCGACCAUGUUUACCUACAGCUGCUGUGCUGUUCGCUGACUCCGCUUCAGACGCAGUUGGUGCUCAAUGCCGGCCAGGUAAACCAAUUAUAAAAAAUUCUUCUGAAUCGUCAUACACGAGUAACUUCAGUGAUGGAGUAUCGGGGGGUAAGGUAAUAAAAAAGUCUCGGGAUGCGGUCGUUCAGGAUGCUGAGUCAUUGUGGGAUUGCAGAGACCGAAUUUUGUUGAGUGUGCGAAAGAUAAAGACCAAAGAUCAAGUCGAGAAGGAAGUCGAGAAAGAUAAAGUUAAUAAGCAACUUGAAGAAGCACCUAUAAUCGUCGAGGAAUUUCAGACUGACAUCACAACAGCGAACCUAAAGGUUAAUGUUUCAAGUCAGACAAACGAUCAAUCAAUGGGCCUGGUGGUUACGUUUAAGUCAACGACUGAUAAGAGUCAACAGACGAGCACCGAAAAAUGCAUAAAACGCGUUGCAAAAAAGACCAUACUUCCGCCUGUGAUUAAACCUCAGAAUAUUAAAUGGGAUGAAAGUUGUACACCAAUGAAAGAAUAUACCACAUAUAACUCUAUAAUUCACAAGCUGUGUCAACUGAAAACGAGUAAUAUGACAUUUCCAAGACAUGUCGUGAAUAGGAUACUCUCGCCGGUAAGCAAAUUGGUAUAUGUAAUAUACGCGUGGUCUUUAAAUGUCAUAAGACAGCGGUGAAUAAGAAUGUACUUUAUGUUAAUGUCCAUGACUGUAUAGUGUAUACUGUAUACCUAUUAUUGGUGACUUACAUAAUAAAUUUGUAUUCUAUUGUAUAUAAAAAAAUAGUAUUAAAAACAGGUGAUUAUUUAA